AUGAUUCCUCAGUCAAUAGCAUAAGCUCAUAGUAAUUUAAUAAAACACUUUUUGGAUAGUAACAUUUCUAGAUAAAAUACGAAAUCUUUUAAUUUGCUAAUUGGAAUCGAUAAGCAAGGUUGGGCUAUCCCAUACUAAAUUAAACUUCAAACUUGCAUGAUUGGUUUAUCUGAUUAUGGAGUAACCGCUUAGGUUAAGUAAAUAAAAGACUGUUUUUUGUAUUUGUCUGUAGAUAUAGGAAAAAAUUUUAAUAUAAUUACAUGCUCAUAGAUGCUUUUUAAUACUCUCUUUAAAGAAAAUCAGAAUAAGAAUUCACUUGAUUAAAUAAGACUAGAUUUAUACAUGCCUACUUUAGCUAGCUUUACCAAAAAAAAACAAUAUGAAAACUCAUUUUAUGAGACUAUAUUUGUGAAACCAAAAAAUAAAAGCUAAGCUCAAUUUGAUAAUUUAAAAUAAUCACCAGAAUUUAUAGAAUUACUAUUAUAGAUGGAUAUAUUUAAAAUAUCUGCACAGUGCACAUUUAUAGAAAAUAAAUUUACUCAAAUUUUAUAAUUAAAAAUUUAUGAAGUAGAUUUGAUUGAAGAAAAUCACCUUAAAAUAGAAUUUUUAAAAUAAUCAAUGGACCAUUUAGAGCAAUUCCAAAUCAUUUCUUAAGAAUUCACUCAAUAGCAAAAGUAAAUUUUAGAUUAAAAAAGCAAAUUUUUUGCUAAAUAAAAACAAAAUUCUCUCACUUAAAACGAAAUUAAUGAAGAUAGUAGAAACUUUAUUUCUGAAAAAACCUAUAGUGGAUCUAACAACAGCAAUUUAAAAUAUAUUUCAAAUGAAAAUAUAAUUUAAAACCCUAGUUAACAGUGCUAAUAACUGGAUUUUACUUCAAAAAUUUUGCAAAAUAGUAUUGCAGAAAUUACAAAACUAAAAGUGGAUAGUAAUAAAAUGAUUUUAUAUUAGGAAAAUUUAGUUUCACCAAAUAUUAAAGCUAGAAACCAAAUUUUAGAUUAAAAUUAUCCAUUCAAUUCUAUUGACACAAUUGACUAGUUUACUUUAGAUUAUCCAAAAAACAUUAAUCACUUUCAAACAAAUUUGAAGUUUGAUCAAUUUAUAUAAAAUCCUAAUAAAAUUGUAAGCUAUCCACAUAGAACGAGCUAUCUAAGUUAAUCAAAUAUUAUUAAAUCAUUCAAAGAAAAAAUGAAAUCUCAUGAAUAGAAUUUGGAAAAGAAAUCAUUUUAAUAAUCUAAAACCCUAAGAGAUAAAAAAAAAAAAUUCACCAACAAAAAGAUUGAAUCACUUUAAAAACUUCAAGAAACUAGCAUAUAAUCUUAAAAAUCUGAAAAUUCCUACAAAAAGAAGAUGACCAAUAUGAUUAAAAGACCAUCAAAAUUAAUUGGUUUACAAUUAAUAAAAUAUUCUGGUAUAUUAGCCUUAUUAUCUAUGAUUGCCAUGAAUAUAAUUAACUUUGUUUAAACAAACAAUAAUUUAUUGCGACAAAGAGAAGAAUAUCAAGAUUUUGAUUGGAGCUUUAACAUAAAAAAGUGCUAGUAAUUGAUAUUGCAGUAUUAAUCGAUAUUACAAUUAUAUCAAGUAAGCAUUUUUGAUGGUUAAGAAAGCAAGUCAGGUAGAGAUUUAAUUGGUGAUAUUUAAACAAGUUAAAUUUAAAUUUAUAACAAUUACAAAAAUCUAAUUAUUUAAACUUACUAAGCAAACUCUACUUAUACAAAUUCGUUAUUUUCAGAAGUUGAGAAUUACUUUAUAGUACAAAGUAGCUUAUCAAUUAGAUGA